AUGGGUACGAUUCCAACUAGAUUUUUCAAAGAAUCCAAGAAUAAUCAUAGGAUUUAUGUACCCUUUUGCUGUAAAGAUCCGAAUUCCAAUUCGGACGUAUCCAACUGGAUCGAAUGUUUCAAUCCUUCCAACAAGUCGUGGCACAGGGUCACGUCCAUUCCGGGUCUACCCGAAAACCACGUGCUCAAAGGAUUCUCCAUGGUCUCCAUCGGAGACUUCAUCUACAUCAUCGGCGGCCGCCUCUGCCUGAAGAAAAGAACCCGCGACGACCCGCCGCCCGAUGACGACGAUGGCGUCGCCGUGGAGGAAACGGACGUCGGGAUCCUCCAGAGCGUGCUGAAAUACGACGUGUACCGCGACACGUGGAUGAAAGCCGCCCCGAUGAACGUGGCCCGGUUCGAUUUCGCCUGCACCGUUUGCAAGAAUAAGAUUUUCAUCGCCGGCGGGCAGAGCACGCUGGGAAGCGCAAAAGGGAUCUCGUCGGCCGAGGUAUACGACCCGAUUCUCGACCGGUGGAGCUUCUUGCCUAGGAUGAGUUCGUUAAGGUACAAAUGUGUGGGAGUAACAUAUCAGGGGAAAGUCCUGGUGGUCGGAGGUUUCGCCGAGAAAGAUGACAGCGAGAUUGAUAGUAGUCCUGGACCGUUUAAUAUGGAAAGAAGUUCAGCUGAGGUUUUUGAUUGUCAGAUGCAGAGGUGGGAUUAUAAGGCAAUGAUGUGGAAAUUGGAUAUCCCCCCGAACCAAAUUGUUUGUGUGAACAAUUCCCUGUUCAGUUCAGGGGAUUGUUUGAAUGCCUGGAAAGGUCAUCUUGAAGUUUAUGACCGGAAUUUGAAUAUGUGGGAUAUAGUCAAAGGGUCAACUCUGGAGAAUCUGUUGUAUUGUCCUUGGAGAAGGUUGUAUUUGACAAUGGCUCCGGUGGGUACGCAUUUGUACUUCUUGGCUGGGUAUAAGAUUCCAGGGGAGAUUUCCAGGAUAAGAACUGAAGUCCAUGUGUUUGAUACGUCUGAGAAUGGAUUUGGAUGGAAAAGCUUUGAGCCCAUUGAAGAAGAGGGCGAGGAGAAGGAGAUUUCUUGUCACUCUUGUGUGGUUCAACAGGAUUAUUGA